UUAUUUAUAAUAUACAUGAAGAACUUUAUAAAUUGGAAUUAUCUGAUUUAUAUACUUUUAAAAAUUAAUUUUAUUAAUCAAUUGUGUAGAUAUAACCCAUGUAAGGCCAUUCCACUCCAUUACACUCAGCCAUCCAUUCAGCCAUCUCAUCAAAAUUUAUGAAAUUUAAUAUUCGAUUCCUGUAUAUAACAGAAAGACGCGGCAUGGAUGUUUUGUCCGAUCAGAUCAACGUUAAAAGGUGGAAAAAAAAAUUACAUGAACAAUUCGUAUAAAUAAGAAUAUAACUACAACUAAAUCAAUCAAGAUGGAAAAUAUGCAAAUACCAGUAGAGGUUGAUCCUACUGAAGAUACAGAAUGGAAUGAUAUUUUAAGAAGUCAUGGGAUCAUACCGGAAAAACCACCAUCACCGACGGCCCAAUUAGAAGAAGCAUUGGAAGAAGCUAUUAAAAGACAACAUGAUAAUCGAUUAGAAGAUAAAGAUUUAGAUGAAUUAGAUGAAUUGGAUGAUCUUGAAGAUGAGGAUUUUCUUAAUAGUUAUAAACAAAAGAGAAUGGCGGAGAUGAAAUCUUUAAAUGCUCAAAAACAAUUCGGAUCAGUGUUACCGAUUAAUAAACAAGAAUAUGAAACAGAAAUUACAAAAGCAUCAAUGGAUUCAUAUGUAUUGGUUCAUUUAACUUUAUCAUCGAAUAUUCAAAGUCGAUUAUUAUCGUCUAUUUUCCAAACUUUAGCGUUUAAAUUCUCCGAAAUUAAAUUUUGUGAAAUCCCCGCUAAUAGAUGUAUUGAAAAUUAUCCCGAAGUCAAUUGUCCAACAUUAAUCAUCUAUUAUAAAACGAAUGUGGUUAAGCAAUAUAUAACGUUGACGGAAUUAGGAGGGAAUGCGACGAAGAUAGAUGAUAUUGAAAGAGUAUUGGUUCAAAAUGGGGCAGUAAAGAAUAAUGAUAAAAGAUUAAUUAUCAAUAAUGAAGAUGAAUAUGAAUCAGAAUUAAGAAAGACAAGAUUUGUGAAGAAAUCAUUAAGAGGAAGUAAUAGACUUGGAGAUGAUGAUGAUGAAUAUGAUGAUGAUGAUGAUGAGUUUUAUGAUUGAGCCCCUGUUCAAAAAGUAUUUAUAGAUUAAUAUAAAAUGACAUUAAAUGUGGUUAAUAAUACUUUGUAAAUUUAGUAAGGUUGCGAAAAAAAAGCUGAUGGUGUGAGUUAUUUGUUUGUUUGCCACCUCCCCUCCCUCCCUCCAUCUCCCUAAACAUUAAAUAAUUAAUGAGGUAAAAUUACCGAGAGUGCUCGCUAAAUUUAAUGAGAAAUUGUCACUAAUUUUUAGUGAUGACUUCUUUGACAGCAAUUUCCCUCCCCCUGAGACAACACUCACUCAGAAAAAAAAAAGAAAAGUGAGAAAGUCACAAAUUUACAGCAACCUGAAAAAUAUUUAAAUUUCCAUCCAUCAUCCAUCAAUCAUCCAUCAUCAUCACUACAACCACUAUUGUUAGACAACCCCAAGUUCAACCAUAGGUAGAUAGAUAGAUAGAUAGAUAGAUAGAUAGUUGUCAUUCACUUUAUAAGAUACUCUUAUAAGAUCAUACUACCAAGCAU